CCUCGUCGCCGCGUCGGAGGAUCAAUUUGACGCCAUCGCUGCGCACACUGAGCCUCGCUGGCCCAACGCGCCGUCGCCGCUCCCCGCACAACCUCCAGCGGCGGCCUCACUCUUCGUGAAUGUGUGUUUGACGAGACGGUGAGGGACGGACGGCAGGCCCGGUGUGAGGGUCGAUCCGCCAGGUGAGGGAAGAGCAUGGUGGACGGACGCACUCGCUGAAGUGACGUCGCAGGAGCAGCGGGAAAUGAGGCGCCUGGGCAGAGAGAUGAGCAGCUUGAUGGCAUCCUUCCUAUAGCUGGGUGAUCAGUACACAUGAUACUGCAACGCUUUGUACAGUUCUCGCACGAUGUCCCAUCUCCUGCACUCAAGACUCUGACCAAUGAAGAGCCGGUCUCCCUGAGGGUUUGGGGGCUGGGAGCGUACGUGCCAGCCCUGAGGUCAGGAGGAUCUCUGCUCGCUGUGGGGUGACGGGCCAGCCCACCCCAUACCCCGCACUCCAGGUUGAUUUGUCCAAUGAGUGAGCAGAGGAAGUUGCCUCAGUGGGGCUGCGGUCAGUGUGUGAGCUGCGAGUGAGUUGGCAGACGGAGAGCUGUCCCCAGCACCAUGGACAUGUGCCUGCACCGCACCCUCCUCACCCUGGCCAUGAUGGUGACCUCCGUCCCUGCCGACCCUCCUACCGAGCCUCGCCCACGGCUUUGCCACGCAGCCGGUGACCCUCGGCGCCGGCUGGGCCGUUUCUCCGGGGAGAGCAGUGCCAACUACAGCUGCCUGCUGCUGAGCAGCGACGGGCAGCGGCUCUAUGUGGGUGGCAGGGACCAGAUCCUCUCCCUCCACACGCUGACCUUCAGCAGUACAACGGCUGUGGACCAGAUCCGCUGGCGGGCGACGGAUGCAAAGAUCCAGGAGUGUUGGUCCAAGGGCAAGAGCAAGCAGAGGGACUGUUUUAACUUCAUUGUGGCGGUGUUGCCGGUGAACGAGAGCUGCCUGUACGCCUGUGGGACCUACGCCUACAGCCCGACCUGCACCUACAUCGACACCCGGACCUUCUCGCUGCGGACAGCUGUGGACAAGCAGCCGCUGACCGAGGACUGCAAGGGCCGCGUGCCCUUUGACCCCGCGCUCAGGUUCACCGCCGCCAUGGUUGAGGGAGCGUUAUACUCGGGAACCAGCGGCAACUUCCUCGGUACGCAGCACGUCAUCUCCCGCAGCCUCGGGCACCAGGUUCCCCUGAAGACAGAGGCUUCCUUGAGCUGGCUGCAAGGUAGGAACGUCAUGCUCUGCAGCGGCACCAAUGUGGACAGAGCCCUGAGCACCUCAGGUCAGGGAACCCCUCUCCGGCAGAGGAAGGCAGUUAGCAGCUGCUUCCUGUGCACUGUGGAUAUUUUGGGGUUGUCUGAAGAGUUUGCCAAGUCUGUUAAUGAACGUUACUGA